UUUGAACAUAUAACUUUGCAUUCCAUACGAACCAGAUUCACUCCAAAGACAAGACUACACUAUCAGCACCAUGUUCCAGUCCAAGCAGCUCCUCCUCUUGCUAAGCGGUCUCGCACUGUCCCAACACGCCUCCAGUGCGCCGGCCGUUUCUCCUCAGUCCUCUCAAAUCGCCAACCCCAACUAUGGCCCCAUCCCAGGAGAAUCACCAGUCUACAGCACGACCUACACGGUUGAGCCUCCUUUCCCCGGCAACACGACCGGCGCCGUCCUCAACACGACCUCCGGCCCACCGGGCCCCGACGACGUCCUCUUCCAAAACAUUCUAGGCGCCGAGUGGAUCAUCUUCUCCUUCUACCAGCAAGGCAUCACCAAGUUCAACGAGUCGAGCUUCACAGCCCUCGGCCUCCCCAACACCACGUACACCCGCCUCCUUCAGAUCCGGGAUAAUGAAGCCGGCCACCUCCGUAUCUUCCAGGAUAGCAUCUCGCCCUCGAGCGUCAAGCCUGGCCCUUGCAAAUACGAGUACCCAUUCACCGACGCGGAGUCAUUCCUGGCACUCCAAACAAUCAUCGAGGUAGCAAGCAUGGCCUUUGUAUCCGGUAUGGAGUACCAGGCCAUGGAUCCGGCCGCGGCGUCUGCGCUAGUGGCUAUCGGUGAGACCGAGACCCGACACAAUACAUGGUCCUUGAUCGACGUGUGGAACGCAAACCCCUUCUCUGGACCCGUCGACACCAUUUACCCGUACGCCAACCAGAUCUUGGAGUUCACGCGCUCCUUCAUCGUCGCAGGAUCCUGUCCGCCAGAGAACCCGGUAUACCCGGAUCCAGCGCAGCAACUUGCGACAUUCGAGCUUGCAUCGAACACGAGCUCCAUUGCGCCUGGUUCGCAUGUGACGGUCACAUUCGAGACACAGCCUGAGUUCGCGGACAGCAAGGACUACUAUGCCGUCUUCUUCCAUGGCAUGUACAAUACCUCGGUGCCGUUCGAUACAAAGACGAACACGACCACCAUCCCUGCUGCGUUUGACCCAACAGGUAUUAUCAUCACGGUCAUUGCAGAUGCAGAAGGUGCGCCGACGGACACGUCUGUGGUUGCUGGGCCGCUGAUUGUGCUGGAAAAUCCGGCGACGGUAGGGCUGGCAUUGGCGACCUGAAUCUGAGAAAGUAAUGAUCCGGGAGUAAGGGAUCAAGUGGGGGACAUCAUAUUCAUAGGAGUCUGCUUUGAAGGUGUGAAAGAUUACAUUCACUCAUGUAUGCUCUGCUGACUGCUUCGACUGGCUGGGAUGUUGGUUCUUUCAUGAAGAUGCAUGAUGUGAGAGUUCUAGUGUUGUCGC